CCCCGUGCUCGAAAUAGACUAUUUUCUCGAGUACGGGGUUUUCUGGUCAAAGUGUAUCUUAUCUUGUCUUUACUACGGAUUUGUUUUCCUUGGUUAACAAUAAUUGUUGUUUUGCCGAUAUUCGCGGGUUUUUCCAUUUUCUUUCUCCCUCAUAUAGGAAAUAAAGUCAUCCGAUGGUAUACUAUAUCUAUAUGCCUAUUGGAACUACUUCUAACGACCUAUGUAUUCUGUUAUCAUUUCCAAUUGGACGAUCCAUUAAUUCAAUUAGAACAUGAUUUUAAAUGGAUUAAUUUUUUUGAUUUUCACUGGAGACUCGGAAUCGAUGAAAUUUCCAUAGGACCCAUUUUAUUGAAGGGAUUCAUCACAACUUUAGCUACUUUAGCGGCCCGGCCAGUUACUCGGGAUUCACGAUUGUUCUAUUUCUUAAUGUUAGCAAUGUACAACAGUCAAAUAGGACCUUUUUCUUCUCGAGAUCUUUUACUUUUUUUUAUCAUGUGGGAGUUAGAAUUAAUUCCUGUUUACCUACUUUUAUCCAUGUGGGGGAAGAAGCGUUUGUACUCAGCUACAAAGUUUAUUUUGUACAAUGCAGGGGGUUCUAUUUUUCUCUUAAUGGGAGUUCUUGGUAUGGGUUUAUAUGCUUCUAACGAACCAACAUUGAAUUUCGAAACAUUAGCGAAUCAAUCAUAUCCUGUGGCAUUAGAAAUAAUAUUCUAUUUUGGUUUUCUUAUUGCUUAUGCUGUCAAAUCACCGAUUAUACCUCUACAUACAAGGUUACCAGAUACCCACGGAGAAGCACAUUACAGUACAUGUAUGCUUCUAGCCGGAACCUUAUUGAAAAUGGGAGCACAUGGUUUGGUUCGGAUCAAUAUGGAAUUAUUACCCCAUGCUCAUUCCCUUUUUUCUCCCUGGUUGAUUAUUGUAGGCACAGGGCAAAUAAUCUAUGCAGCUUUAACAUCUCCUGGGCAACGCAAUUUAAAAAAGAGAAUAGCCUACUCUUCCGUAUCUCAUAUGGGUUUUACAAUUAUAGGAAUAGCCUCCGUAACCGAUAUGGGACUCAACGGGGCCAUUUUGCAAAUAAUUUCUCAUGGAUUUAUUGGUGCGGCGCUUUUUUUCUUGGCAGAAACGAGUUAUGAUAGAAUACGUCUCGUUUAUCUCGAUGAAAUGGGAGGAAUUGCUAUCCCAAUGCCAAAAAUAUUUACAAUGUUCAGUAGUUUCUCGAUGGCUUCUCUUGCAUUGCCGGGAAUGAGUGGUUUUGUUGUCGAAUUGGUAAUCUUUUUUGGCAUAAUUACCAGCCCCAAAUAUCUUUUAAUGCCAAAAAUACUCAUUACUUUUGUAAUGGCAAUCGGAAUGAUAUUAACUCCUAUUUAUUCAUUAUCUAUGUCACGCCAGAUGUUUUAUGGAUACAAGCAAUUUAAUGCCAAAAAUUCUUAUUUUUUUGAUUCUGGACCACGAGAACUUUUUGUUUCAAUCCGUAUAUUUCUGCCAGUAAUAGGCAUUGGUAUUUAUCCAGAUUUCGUUCUCUCACUAUCAGUUGACAAGGUAGAAGCUAUUUUAUCUAAUUACUUUUCUGGAUAAUUUGCAUGAAUAAGACAUAAAAGAAAAAGAAGUCUUAUUUUUCCUUAUCUUAAUCUUAAAUAAAAAAAGAAGUGAAUUGUAAUCAGAUACGUUUGGAGUUUUAGAGAACCGGUUCAAUUACUACUUGAUUGAACCGGUUCUCUAAAACUCACACAAACUUUCAUUACAUAUGCUAGUUCUAUGUAUUAGGUCACGUCUUCGAUUAAGAUGCUAAUGUGAAUGAACCAUAACUAUGUAGGC